UCGUUCCCGCCAGCCAUUCCCCCCAUUACUGGCCUCCCGCCGGCGCUCGCUUCUCUCUCCUCGACUCCGCUGUUCUCUUCUCAUCACUCCAGUCUAUUCCGCCCCUACGGCCGAGGGUUGAGGUCAGCCAUGGAGAGAUACUUUCCUAGAAAGGAGAACACUACUCCGAAACCUUCUUCUCAUGAAGCUACUGAACCAAGGCCAAGUAAGCGUACCAAAUGCACGGAAACUCAAACCACACAACCUUAUAAACCUUCCUCCGCCUGUAAGGAAAUUGGGAUCGAUUUGAAUUCCUUGAAAGCUUAUCCGGGUUUACGACGAAAGAUAUCCCAAGAGUGUGAGGUUGCAAUGGGUGAUCAACCGGAGCCAGAGGAGAGCGACGAUAGGAUUGCCUUGGAGGCUGCAAUUGAGUGCAUCAAGUUUCUUAUAAGCUAUGGGUUGAUACUUCAUGGAUAUGGCAGAUCAGAGUCUUCUAGCAAUCAGGGUCAUUAUUAUGACAUUCUGAGCUUUCAUGUUCGUGAUCGAGACAAUUUGUACACUGUCAUGUGGGGUGAGAAUGGUAUGAGGCCGUGGGGUUAUGUUCCGAAAAUUCGUCAGCUGACCACUCCAGAGAAAGAAAGAGACAUCGUUCGUGCAAUGGCAGCUGAAAUAACUGCAGAUAUAAUUGGAGAACUUGGAGAUGGCCUUUUUUCCAUUUAUGUGGAUGAGGCUUGUGAUGCAUCAGGUAAGGAGCAUCUGAUUAUUAUUUUGCGGUAUGUGGAUGAAGAUGGAUACAUUGAGGAGAGGUUUCUUGGUAUUUCUCAUCUUCCGGAUACUAAAGCUUUGACACUUAAGACGGGGAUUGAAUCAAUGCUUGGGAAGCAUGGAUUGAGCUUGUCAAGGAUAAGGGCUCAGAGUUACAAUGGAGCUAGCAACAUAAAAGGAGAAGUCAAUGAACUAAAAAAUCUUAUUUUAGCAGAGAAUCCAUCUGCAUAUUAUGUUCACUGUUCUGCUCAUCCACUUGAGUUGACAGUUGUUGCUAUUGCUAGAAACCAUGGUGAUGUGAGCUGUUUCUUUACAACUGUCACUAGAUUGAUCAGUUUAGUGGAAGCAUCUGAUAAAGGAAACGACAGUGCUGGAGGCGGUCAAUUUGCGAAAGUGGCAGAGGCUUUAUUUCGUGCUGAUCAUAGGAAUGGAAGGCAGUUGAAUCGAGAAAUUGGCCUCGAAAGGAAUCACGAUAUACCUAGUCGGUCACUUUUUGAAACACUUCUUACUUUGGAUGUGAUGUUCUCUGAUGUGAUUGACGGCCUAGAUAUCAUUCGACGCGAGGGGAAUUCUGAAGCAAGAGGAGAAGCAAUUGCAAUGUUGAUGUUGGUUCAGACUUUUGAUUUUGCCUUCAUCUUGAAAAUGAUGAUUGAAGUGCUAGGGAAGGCAGAUAUUUUGUCAGGAGCGCUGCAAAUGAAAGAGCAGCAAAUUUUCAAUGCCAUGAGUCUUGCUCAUGUGGCAAAGAUUAUAUUUCAGCGAUUGAGGCAGGAAGGAUGGAAGCCUCUUCUCGAUGAAGUACUUUCUUUUUGCAAGAAGCACUGUCUUCAUAUUCUUAAUAUGGAUGAUCCUUAUGCUCCACUUGGAAUGUCCAGACGAAAUAUUCAACAAGGAACAAAUUUGCAUCACUUUCAAGUUGAGUUGUUUUAUACCGUUGUGGAUAUGCAAUUGCAAGAGCUAAAUAAUCAGUUUGAUGGGGUGAAUACGGAAUUGUUAAAGUGCAUGGGCUGCUUAAUUCCAGACAAGUCAUUUAAAGACUUCAACAAACAAAUGGUCAUGAAGCUUGCUACAUUUUAUCCGAGUGAGUUCUCUGAUGCUGAUAUCAUACCUCUUGAGAAUCAGUUGGAUGCUUAUAUUCAAGAUAUUAAGCUCGAUGAGAGAUUUAGAGGAUUGGAAGGAAUUGAGGCGCUUUCACGGGGCAUGGUGGCGACCGAGAAGCAUAUGAUGUAUCCGUUAGUUUACUUGCUUGUGAAACUAGCCCUGAUUUUGCCAAUUGCAGGGAGGACAAGUGUUGAACGAACUUCUACUCCUACAACAAAGUACAUCAAGAAAGAGCUUAGAGAUCGAAUUGCCGAUGACUCAAUGAAUGACUAUCUGAUAGCAGACAUUGGGGGCGGUGUAGUUGAAUGCUUUGAUAAUGAGGGUAUUAUAGAAUACUUGCAGAACAAUAUCUCAAAUUAGCUAAAUGCUAUUGUGUUAGAUUUUAUUGUAAUAUAUCUUUCACAAUUUAUCUCAUCUUGAUGAAACCCAUGUGUUUAUUCUCGAGC